AUGAACGCAGACCUGAAAAGGGUUCGCGAUAAUGCUAUUGAUGACACUCCAUCCCCUUCAGCUAAACGACGUGUGUUGAGUGGUCAUGCGAGUCCCCAGGUCAAUGAUAGUGAUGGGGAUGGGAUUGAAGAUUGGAUGAAAGUAGUGGAAGUACGACGUAAAGAAGCCAUCUACCGACAGAUGCUCGAAUACCGUCGAGCAUCCGAGCGAGAGGCGAAAAGAGCAAAUGAAGUCGAAGCUCAACGGCGCGUGCUUGAAGCUAGUUUUCAUGCUGUCGAGCUGUGCUGGAAUCAGGUUGUCGCCGCUAUACGGGAACUUGGGGGACAGCAAGAGGUGGAUCUCAAUGAAAAAGAGGUCUUAGAGCCUUAUCUGGAACCUCAGACUACUCGACCUGAACUUGAAAAAGCAAUACAAUCUCGAUUACCUACCACUCAUCAACUGGUUUCACGAUUCGUUGAUCUGGCUAACAAGAAUCAACACCGAUCGUCCACUACCGAAGAAUUACAGAAAAGAUGUCUCAAGCUCGAAGCUGAAUCAAGUGCAUUACGAUCUAAUUCAAAGUUGCUUCAAACGCAGAUAUCCUCAUUGAGCGAAUCAAAGGAUGUUAUCCAGAAAGAUUUGAUCAAAGUGCAAAAAGCUUUAGACAGACAACGGAUGGAACAUGAUAAAGCCAUACAAGAAUGGAAAGAGGAAUCAUCUCGUCAAAGAGUUGGUACGCCCGGUAUUGCUGGACCCAGCAAAUCGAAUGGAGGAUCAGGUCACGCGACACCAAAUGGCAAGAUGGAAGAAGAUGUGAAGCCAUUUGGUAAUGGUCCUUCAGCGGGUAUAGCUGCUGGACCUUCAGCCAGUGGCGCUUUGCAAGAUACUGCCGAAUUGGAACAGCUGGCGGAAUCGAGAUUGCAACAAUUGCAAACACUUAGAAGUGAACAAGCUCAAUUGCAGCAAGAAGUUGACCGAUUAAAGAUUCUGGCACAUCACCCUUCCGAAGCAGCUUUACGAGAAUCACCCUUUUUCCAAGUGUAUCUCCAGCAGUUAUCUACUCAUAUCAAUCGAGCUAAUUCGCUGCAAAGCCGGUUCGAGACCAGUGAGAAGAAACUCGAUAACUUGAGAGAUUCCAACCAACAGUUCCAUGAUCAAGUUAUAUCAGAGGCGAAAGCCGAGAACGAUGCGUUAAGAUUACAAAUCUCGAAGAAGGAUUCUGACUUGGCUAGAUUGAGAGGUCAGAGGGAUGAGAUGAAUUCGGAAUUGAUGGAAAGGAAAUCGCGCGAAACUGAAAAACUCAAAUAUGCCGAACAGUUUGAAAACCUCUCGAAAACCAGACAAGAACGAAUCAAUUUCCUCAAUAGUGAAGUGAGACGAUUGAAAGGUCAUCUAGCUUCUCGCCAAAAUGUGGAUUCGGAACAUUAUCUUGAAUUCUUAAGGGUUGAAGGUAGUUCCGCAGCAGUCGACAAAGAUUAUGUGAAAGAUUUGGAGGAGAAAGUGGUUUCGGCUCAAGAUCAGAUAAACGCUCUGAACUCGCAACUUUCUAGACUAUCAGACGGUUCGAUAGGCGUCCAAGAGGAAGCACAGAUUAGAGUCGAGUUGGAAGUGACCAAAAGAUCGUUACUGAAGUAUCAGAAGAUCUUAGGUCCAGAAUCUCAAGUUUCGGAGGAAGUCGGUGAGCUUGCGAAGAAGUUGGAAGAGAAGGAGAAAGAGAGGAAGUUGCUGGAAUUGAGAUUGUCUGAAGCUGAAGCUGCUACCAAUGCUCUCUACACCGAAGUCGAAGGGUUAUCCAAAUUAUGGGAAAACCUCGACCAAACCGUCCAAAGCAAAGUUUUUGAACUGAAAGAUGGAGAGUUGAAGAUCUCCCGUCUUUCUACUGAGAAAGCGAAAGCAGACAACAAAUUCUUCUCGGCGAUGAGAGCUAAGGAAGCCGUUGAAGCUGAAUGGAAACUCGCUCAAAGGACUGUGGAGAAGCAGUUGAAAUUGUUGGAGCGGGCUGCGGAGGUCGAGCAGAAUCUGAGGGUACAAGUGACUGCCAAUGAAAAAGGAAUGACAUCGCUCAAGAACUCUGCGUUGGAAUUGCAAACUCAAUUAGCAUCUACGACUUCUGAGAAGACUCAGCUAGAAUUGAGGUUACAGCAAUCCCAAGCUGCUUUGGCUGAGGCCCAACAAAUAAUGCAUCAACGAGUUGCUGAAGCUACAUCUGAGAAGGAAGCACGAGCGAAACUUCAAGACGAAGUUGAUACUUCCUCAAAGACGAUCAAGAAGUUGAAAGAGAGACAGGAAGCUAUCUCUGCUGCUGAACGGGACAAGGAUAUGUCUGCUGGAGAAUGGCAGAUGAAAGAGGAGAGGGACAAGUUAUUGAAACUCCUCCGAUGUUCAUGCUGCGAACAGAACUUCAAACAACAAGUCAUUGUCAAGUGUAUGCACACCUUCUGCAAAUCGUGUUUGGAAGCGAGAAUAGCCUCGAGACAACGUAAAUGUCCUGCAUGUGGAUUAGCAUUUGCGAAAGAAGAUAUCCAAACGCUUUACUGGCAGUAA